UGCUAGAAGCAACUCUGAAGGCAAGAAGAGUGUCAUCAGAUUCACAAUGGACUCUCUCAUCGCAGCAAACACCAAGUUUUGCUUUGAUCUGUUCCAAAAGAUCAGCAGAGAUGAUUGUCGGAAGAACAUCUUCUUCUGCCCGCUGAGCCUCUCUGCCGCGCUUGGCAUGGUCCGUCUGGGGGCCAGGAGCGGCAGCGCGCGCCAGAUUGACCAGGUACUGCACUUCAACGAAUUGUCCCAGAAUAAAGGGAACGAGCCAGAUCCCUGUCUGAAAAAAGCAGAGCAGGAAGUGCCUGCCCACAGCAGCCUGGAAGGGCAGAAGGAAGUGGCGGGGUCCCUGACGCUGCAGACCGAGUCUUCAAAGGAUGAGAGUGGACUGCUCAGCUGCUAUUUCGGGCAGCUUCUCUCCAAAUUAGCCAGGAUCAAAGUCGAUUACACCCUGAGUAUUGCCAACAGGCUUUAUGCGGAGCGAGAAUUCCCAAUCUGCCCGGAAUACUUAGAUGGCGUGAUUCAAUUUUACCACACGACAGUUGAAAGUGUUGAUUUUCGGAAAGACACUGAAAAAUCCAGGCAAGAGAUUAACUUCUGGGUUGAAUCUCAAUCCCAAGGUAAAAUCAAGGAACUCUUCGGCACGGACAGUAUCGACAGUGAGACUGUACUGGUGCUGGUGAACGCUGUCUACUUCAAGGCCAAAUGGGAGAAAUAUUUUGACUGCGAAAGCACGGUUGAUGCCGUUUUUUCUCUAAGUGAGAGUGAAAAGCAGAACGUGAAGAUGAUGAACCAGAGCGGGCUGUUCAGAAUUGGCUUCGUGGAUGAGCUGAAGGCGCAGAUCUUGGAGCUUCCGUACACGAAGGGGAAGCUCGACAUGGUCGUGCUGCUGCCGUCUGGCUCCGCAGACAACCUGAAGGCCCUGGAAGAGCUUGAAAGGAAUAUCACCUAUGAAAAACUCAUGGCCUGGAGCAGUUCAGAAAAUAUGUCAGAAAAAAGAGUAGCCGUCUCCUUCCCUCGGUUCACCCUGGAAGACAGCUAUGAUCUCAACCCUAUUCUACAAGACAUGGGCAUCACGGAUAUCUUCGAUGAAACAAAGGCUGACCUUACAGGAAUCUCUCCAAGUCCCAGUUUGUACGUGUCAAAAGUUGUCCAUAAAACCUUUGUGGAGGUGGAUGAAAAUGGCACCCAGGCAGCUGCAGCCAGUGGGGCUGUCGGGAUGGAGAGGUCUUCACCAUCCUGGGAGACAUUUAAUGCUAACCGCCCUUUUCUCUUUUUCAUCAGACACAACAAAACCCAAACCAUUCUCUUCUGUGGCAGGGUCUGCUCUCCUUGAAAGGGGAACACGGUCUGGUGCUUGGAGCUGGGAGAAAGCGAUGAUAAGAUUCACCCCUGGUAUCACACGGGCAUUUGCGUUUUCGCUAACAUCCAAAGCUGACUGAAUUUCAUUGCGACUCCACGCUCCUCACCUCCGGCUGUUGGUCCUCACUUCUCCUGACCUUUCUCUCACCCUGUCGCAGGUUCUCAUCUAAGUCUUUUAGAACUAAAAGGUCCUUGCUCCCUCCCCAAACUUUCACCACCCGAAGCUUUCAAGCAUAUAAAUUUACCUGCUGUGACCUGAAGGUCAACAUAAUUGAGGAUGAUGUAGAUUCUAAGUUACUGACCUGCUUAUAAAGGAAUCCUCAAAGUUCAGGUCAUUAGUCCGC